AUGCAGGGCCACAGAAUUUGUCCUACUCUGGAAAGUCCAGACCAUGGUGCCAUUAACGGACAACAAUUUUGGGAAGGAAAAACUGUUUCAUACAUUUGCGCCCCUGGCUAUCAGUUGAGUGGAUCAUCUGUGCGGCGAUGUUUAAAAGAUGGAACUUGGACAGAAAAAAAACCAAAAUGCCUUCCCCAGAAAAUCGACCAGUGGCCCGCAGGUCAUUACUGCAUCCUUGGCAGUGGAUCAUGUCCAGCAGGUUUUUCUCGGUCAUCUGGCCACAUGCGGGCACUGAAGUUAUUUGGCGCUAGUUCCACCUACAUCACCCAAGUCCGGUUUGGAGAUAGCAGGAUACAGUGCCAUGGAGGUUGUGGACAAUAUGGGCAGUGGAUUGGAGAGAUUUACAUCACAGCAUGCUGCAAAUAAAUUUCUGCAAUGCCUGUGAUAAGGAAUAAAUAGUAUAGUACUAAAAGACUUUUUACAACGUCCUAAAACAAAAAAUUAGUUAAUAGCUAGAUUUUGACACUAAAGAUUACGAAUUCUCGUAGACAAGUCCUUUGUCACACUCCUCGUAUUUUUUUAGCAUCAUUCCUUCAGUUGUCCUCCUUAGGAGCUUUUUAAAAUAAUUGACCUCUUUUCCAGGAUUUCUCUCUGAACUAUUUCUAUCAUAUUGAUUCUCAUGUGAAUUAGUUAAAUGAAAUAUUAAUGAAAGCUGUAGUCAAUUAUAUUUGUAUGAUUGGCACAAAGCAUAAAACAUUGACUCGAGAUUUUUACUAACAUGCUCAGGUUAUGAACUACUUUAAUUAUGUUAUACAUCUAAAUUUCAAUCAUGAUGUAGGCCAAUAAAUCAAAAGCUAUAUUAUUGAAA